AUGGGAGAACAAAUUCUUUAUGAUAACUUUCCUUUAAUAUUUUUGAACAAUGAUGAAAAUGAAAAUUUUGAUGAUAAAAAUGAAAGGGAUUUCCGAAAAGAAAUAAAAAAUAUUAUAGAAAAACUGAAAUUAUUACGAAUUGAAAUAAAUGAAAAAUAUUCAAUAAGGAGUGUACUUGAGGAAAAACUAACAAUAUUACAAAAGGAGGAACAUGUAAAACAAAAUAAUAUGAAAUAUAUCAUGAAUUUUUCUGAAAAUAAUUUAUAUGAAAGAGAAGUUUUAAAUUAUAAAAAUAAUAUAAAAUAUUUAAAAAAACAAAUUAAAAAUAGUACAUGUAAAAUAAAAUUGCUAUUAGAAAAAGAAUUUAAAGUGAGGAAACAAUUGCAAUUAAACUAUAUGGCUUUAUACGAUUUAUUAAGUGAGCGUAUUAAUUACAUUUUAAAUGAUUAUAUAAAACAUAGAAAAUGCUCUUGUGCUAUUUAUGCAUAUCAACAGGAAAAUAAAAAAGUAUAA